UAAAUGUAACCCCCCCAACAAUAAACUCUCUCUUGCCUCCUCUCCACGCCCGGUGUGCUGUCUCCCUGCCGGCCAUGGAGCCACGUGGGUGGGGGGACGGGAGGGCACCUCUCCCCUGCAGGCUCAGGGCCUGAAGAAACCCCUGAUGCUGGAGUUCCCUUUCCCCAUCCUUCAAGACGUCGGAAUGGUUCCUCAGAUGGAGAUGGAACUAGAACUGGGCCACCCCACGCCGUGGGUGGGGAAAGGGAUCCAGAGGAACCCAACUCAGGACUUAGAAAAAUGCAGAAAAACUGCAGCUCUGUGGCAAGGCAAGAAAAACUGCAGAGCUGCAGAUGGUUAUAGCCCCAAAGUGUAACAGGGAAAACUAUUGAGACAAGCCAAUCUCUUACUGAUGAGGAACAUUUCUUGGGGCAAAGUGAGAUUUUGCAGUGAAGUAUAGAUCUCUACCCGUGCCCCUUCGAAUAUCCUCCCUGAGGCAGGAACAAAACAAUCCAAAAAGUGUGUGAAAUGCAAAGAAAUGGAUUCACUAGUCCACUGGGCUAUUGUGCCUCAGUUACCUGGGACAACAGCUGUCACCCCAAGAUGUGCCUUGGUAAGGGACAAUCACAAUUUUCUUCCUCAGCAAUGCUGCAGUGCAGGGGGAGCUUGAGUGUCUGUGGCUGCACAGAGGGCAGCUUAUGUUGCUUGGCCUUCAGAGCACGUUGCAGUGCCAUGUUUCUCUCCCUAGACACCUACAUUCCAGUACUUGGAAAAAAUCAGACCAGACUACAAACUCAUGUCAGGCAGAGUCUGUUUGCCAAGUAUUGUUUUCUGCAGAGAUAUUCUAAAUCGUGUGGGAAAAACAGAGACCAUCUGCAGAUACUCAGCCUGUAUCUACCUCCAGACAAAAAAAAAAAAAAGAAAAAAAAGAAAAAAGUCAAUCCCAGAGCCAACCUGGAGAAUUGCUCCUUUUUCCUGGGAGAUUGCUGCAAGAAGUGGGCCUGCAUCUGCUCUCCAAGCAAUACACGGUAGUCCUCUGCCUAUCAAAAGGAUGGUGAUUUUCUGUCAUUAUUUUCUCAUAUGGGAGUCUAUCUUUAGAUCUAUGAUUUUCUCAGUGCACUUAAUCCCCCUUUCAAAUUCAAAAUGGAAAUCCAUUUAAAUGACCCAGUGACUUUUAACUUGCCUGUGCAAUAUCAAUUGGGGAAAAUCAUAACAGACCUGAUCCUGAAACCGGAAAAUAAAGAAUGCCCAGUUAGAUUCUCCCAUGACACAAACUGGUGACUCCAGCAGCUCGCUGCCCAGCAAACAGCUGGAUGCAGCUGUCUCAGAUAGAGACUUUAUACAACAAACACCACCUGCAGUAAUGCACAAGAAACCAAAGCAGGACUCUUCACUCAACAGAGGAAUCCUAGUCAAAAGCAUGCCAUAGGAGUGACACUGUAGAAUCUCUAGGAAAUCCUUCUUGUACUGAACAUCCCCUUAAUAUGGAGCAGCUGAAAGGACCUCUCUGCGUUUCCACAGCAGUAUCAUCUUUGCAUGACCAUAAUUUCUCUGUCUGUAUAAAUGUCCCCCUAUUAGCAGUGGAUCCAAGAAGCCAAUUUCAACCAGCUUUGAUUUUGAAAGGAACUAAAGAUAAUUUCAUUCAUUCAACAGCUGUUGAGAUAGGAAGUAGAAUUGAAAAGAGAGACCAUAUAUAUUUCUAAGCUUAGGGAAAGGCUGCAAAAACUCAUGCUUUGUUAGACACUGUGCGUGCAUAUUGUCUUCUCAGCUGGAGAAAGGUUUCUAGUGAAGCUGUCAGUCACCAGUGAGGAUCCUUGUCCAACAGGAUACUACUGAUGGGGUUGAUUCUGUACAUGUGUGGGAAUCACAUGUGAAUUGGCUUCAAAACCAGUGCCCCAGUUCUCUCAAGCAGAAACACAGGAACACAUGUGACUGGUCUACCUCAGUCAACCACCCUUCAUCACCUGUCUUGUGCAGGAGCAACUUUAAGACCUAGAGGAUGAUCAAAUUGCAGUUCAAAGUCAUGCAGUGUUUAAUUUGAUUUUUAAGGUUUUCAGGUUUGAUCUCAGAAACUGUUUUCCAAAUUCAUAUGGGGGUGGAUUUUUUGUAACUUACAAUUUCUGUUAUGAAAAGUAUUUUGAUUGCAUUUAUCUCAUACAUGGUGACUUAAAAAGGCUACAGCAAUUCGAUCUGGAGGCAUUUCAAGAUCUGGUUGAUGUCAGGAAUACUUUGAGGAGUCAGUUUCUGGAAUCUUAUCUGGAAAAAGGAAAAAUAAUUCGUCAUACUUUUUUAGCCUUCUACAGUUUCUUUUAGAAAUCCUAUGGGAACAUAAAAUGAUUGAAAAAUAGUUCAUUGAAGCACCUGGCAUCGAAGUUUUGCUGGUGCCAUCAUAGAGAGAUGCGACCCCUGUGCCAUUGGGAGCACUGGAGCAGUUGAUGGAGGACUGCAGAACAUUAAAAAACCUUGAGCAGAAGAUGAGAAAGCUCUCGGUGUAAAAUUAAUCUGAGAACACCAGAAAUAACACCUGUAUGUUACAGGAUGAUGCCUUCAACGACUGGCUCCAUGACUACCCUAGAGAAGAUACCUUCUUCACAAUGCUCAGGUCUACAUGUUGCCUUUCUGCCCAGCUACGAGAAUGGAAAGACUUCAACUGACCUCAGCAGGCUGCAAUGGAGAAAUUAGUUACUGAGGCUCCAGUAAGCAUUGAGGUAAACACCCUAAAUUCCAGUCUCUGCCCAUUGGAGCAAUCUACAAUGGUCACAUACCAUGGUAAUCAAAGAACGUGACAUCCAGGAGAAGAUUGACUUUGAGAUCCGGAUGCGUGAGGGCAUCUGCAAACUGCUGGCAGUGAGCACCCAGAAGGACCAGCUCCUGCGUGCGGUCAAGAGCCUGAUGGUCUGCAAUGCCCGGAUACGGGCGUACAGGACACAGCUACAGAGCCACGCAGAGGAGCCAGACCCGUGCAGAGCUACAGAGCAGUCUUCAGAAAAUGGGACAAAAGACCGGGUGGCAUGCAGAGCAAAGGUUGCCAUAUCAGAUAUUCGGAUACCAUUAAUGUGGAAAGGCUCUGAUCACUUCAGCAAUAAAGAAAAAUCACAGCGCUAUGCAGUUUUUUGUUUGUUCAGAAUGGGAGCUGAGGUUUUUGACACUGAGGUGAUCAUUGUGGAUAAAGCAAUAACAGACAUCUGUUUUGAAAAUGUAACCAUAUUCGAUGAAGCAAGACCAGAUUUCCAGGUGAAGGUUGAAGUGUAUAGUUGCUGCACAGAGGAGUCUUUAUGUAUAACAAACACUCCUAAGAAACUAGCAAAGAAGCUUAAAACGUCCCUCAGCAAAGCUACAGGGAAGAAACUCAAAGCUGCCCUGGAAGAAGACAGCACUGAAUCCCUUUUGCCUGCUGACCCAGUCAUCCUUGAAGCAAAGUACAGUUUGCUGGCAUAUACCACUUUGGGGCUGGAGAGUGCCGAGGACAAUUUCAGGACCCACAAUCUUACCAUUACAGGAAAUGAGGAAUCCUCUUUUUGGCUCCCCCUGUAUGGAAACAUGUGUUGCCGUUUAGUUGCUCAGCCCUCCUGCAUGGCCAGGGAUAUGAUGGCAGGAUUUCUAAAUCAGCAGCAAACAGUAGGAGGUCUAACGAGCUGGCGGAGGCUGUAUUGUGUACUAAGAGGUGGCAAACUCUUUUGUUAUUACUCACCAGAAGAAAUUGGGGCCAAGCUGGAGCCAGCAUUGACAGUUUCCAUCAACAAGGAAACCAGAAUUCGAGUCGUGGAUAAGGACUCCAGGAGGAGAACUAAUAACUUCUCUGUUAUCAACCCCGUGUCUGGAGAGGCUGUGACGCAACGCUUUGCUACUGACAGUAGGGAUGAACUUCACAAGUGGAUGGAGGCUUUCUGGCAGCACUUUUAUGAUCUGAGCCAGUGGAAACAUUGUUGUGAGGAACUUAUGAAAAUUGAGAUUAUGUCACCACGGAAACCACCUUUGUUCUUGACAAAGGAAGCGACCUCCGUCUACCAUGAUAUGAGCAUUGAUUCUCCAGUGAAAUUUGAGGGCUUAGCUGAUAUCAUACAAAGGAAAAUUGAAGAGAGUGAUGGUGAGUUCCUUCUUGGCCAGCAAAAAGAGUCUGCAUCUGCCCUAUGGGCUUCACUCUUCGAUAGAUCUCAUGAGAUGACUGUUCAGAAGAACAUGCCUCUGGACCCAAAAGGAGAUACUACAAGUCCUAAUGACAGCAGAGGAAAGAAAAGAAGAGCUCCACCUCCACCCUCCCAUAAGUCACCAUACAGUGCAAAAGCACAGGUGAACACAGAGCAACUGGGCAAAGAAAAAUGGGGGAAGCCUGACCACACAUCUACCAGUGGUUCUUCCCUUGAGUCAGUGUUGGCUACAAAAAUGCAGCAGCUGCAGACACCUGUUGCUGCUCCUCGCAAAAUCGGUCCUUGUAGAAAAAGCAGUUUAGCUGGUCAGGGGAAUCCCAUUUCUCUGGUUAACAAGAGCAGGUCUGAAACCAAAACAGUACCAACCCCUAGACAGAAAGGCAUCACAGAACUGCUAGACCCUAGGUCUUGGUUGCAGCCAUAGAUGACAUAAUUAACUUACAGAGUCCCUGGAAUUUAAAGUUUCUCAGCCUUCUACUAAUACUCUUGGUAAAAAUAGAUUUUAGCAUAUAGCUUUUCUGAAUUGAGGCUACAGUGUUUUUGUGUUUGCCAGGGCAUUACUGGUAGCUGCAGUCUCAGCUGUGCUCAUUAGCACUCACAUCUAAAUAAUUGCACUAGAACAGGGGAAGUUCUCUCUAUCUGGAAUAAUGGAGCUAUUUAGGAAAACAGUGGUUUGGUACUUUCCUCUUGAAAAAACCAGCAGUGUUCAGGGUAACUUCAGUGUCCCCACAGCCCAGGUGUUACCGAUGCCUUCUAUCAGUCCCACAGCUUUGCCCAUCCACAGCUCCUGAGACUACUUCAAUUGGGAGUUCACACACAUUCAGCACAGAUCUUGCAAAGCUGAUUUUCUUGGGCUCCACGCUUGGCUUAACCUAAAAUAUCCUUAUCUCUCCCUCAUUGUUUGGGAACCACUGCUUAUAUGGUAAUCUACCAUGAAAAGUUACUGCGCCGUUCUGAACACUCCGUAUGAAUUUCUGAGGCAGUUCUAUCAAUUAUUAUGGGAUUUCCCAAGUUCUUGCUGGUUCAUGUGCUGUCCGAAUGGGCCAGGGUUAUCUGUCUAUGAGCAAGGAUAUGAUCCAUCACUGCUGCUUGUUUCGGACUAACACUGUUCAGAAGCAGUGCUGUGUAUGAGCACUCAGGAUUUCAUCUCAUGGUUGUUUUUCCUGAUCAGUGUGGCUCUGUAGCACAACUUCUCCUUUGUGGAGCCCCUCAGCUGCUCCUGGUAGGGAGCUGGUUUGUAAACAUGGCAAUGUUACUGGUAAACAAACAGGGAUUUUCACCACUUGUUCUUUCUGCAAUAGCAGGGAAUAAAUACUUCAGGUGAACUUUGAUAUUCUUCCCUCAGACUGUUCACAGUUUCUGUAAGACGCAUGGGUUGUCAGGGUUCCUCUGGCACCUGCAAAACAUCUAUUGCAUACAGAAAAUCUGUGUUCUUCUGGAUCCACAGCUUAAAUACCCAACCCUUUUCUUGGCUGAUACAUUUAUCUGAGAUGCUGGAAUUCAUCCACCAGUAAAGGUCUGCCUGCAGUUCUCUCUUUAGAGCCUUGGUACUCAGACCUGUCUUGAGAGGAUCAUAUCAGCAGCUGUAUACAUAUAGUUCAUUAAUUAUUAUUUUUUUUCCUAAGUGUGGAUGGCUUUGGGAGCUUUACCGUUUCUCCAGAAGGUAGUGUGGGCAUGGUUGGUUGGUUUAUCUAUUUUUUUGUCUUCUGCUAAGCUCUUGGCUGCACAGCUGUAAAGGUAUCUGCUGAAUUCCCUCAGUAGUUCAUUGGCUAUAUGGGAUAGGGCUUGAGAGGCAGGUUUCAUUUACAGAUCCUUCCACGGGAUUAAAGCCCUUUGUUUCUAGAAUGUCCUUGUUCAUUCUUCGUUUAAUCACAUUCCAUUUUCCCUCCGAAACAACCAUAAUCAUUCUUACAAUAAAUCAUGCUGUUACUUAAGUGGAUGGUUUGUGAAUGGUUUAUAAAUAGGAACAGAAAAACUGAAGAAUAACUACAUGAUUAUGUAAAUCAGGCAGUCGACUAAGUGGACUGCACAACUCUGAACAAGAAAUAGGAAAAAUAAACGGGGGGGGGGAAAGCAUAUUUUCCAAAAUGCAGCUUAUUUAGCUUUAAAUCUAGUCUUAAACGCUGCUGUGCUCUGAAAGAAAAAAAUACCUUUUUCUUGGUAACCCCCUUCCAUUUAGUGGUUAUAUUUAAAAAUAAAUCUCAUAAAUAUAUAAGGCAAGAAGGCACCAUAAUGAGGAUUUAUUUUUAAAUUCAACAGGCCAUUGAAUUUCAAUGAGCAGUUUCUCUAUUAAAUUCUGUGGCUUUGUUUUGAACUGAACAUACAUAUUUUAGCAAGGCAUUUAAUAUUAAUUUGAAGUCUUCAAGUGAUGAGAAUUCAGUUAUGCCUCCUGUUGCAAUAGUUAAUUACCCCAGGUACAUUUUUCACUUGAUUUUCUAUUUGCAUUUCUAGCUCCACCUUAAGUUAUUUUGGUCUUUUUAUGCAUUUGAUUGCUUAUAUUGAUCUCUGUAGUAUCAGCUUUUCUAAUUGCUUGUGUGUAGCUGUAAAUCAUGAUUAUGUCCCUUUUAACCUUUUCUCUGAUGAGACGUACUGAAUUCCUUAACUUUCUUGUUGCAGUGAAUGUUAUCCAAGACUAAUUAAUCUUAACGUUCUUCUCUGUACUUCUCACGUAUAGAAAUAUUUUUAAGGCUGACAUCUGAAUGAGAUGCCACAUGUCAAUAGUGAUCCAUCAGGACUGUAUAGAGACACAACGUGAUCCUCUUACUCUGAUGAAUAUCUCCCUCUCCUCUUUCUUCAAAAAUUGCAUUAUGCUUUUUUUUGUGGAAGCAUUGCCUUGGAUGCUGACUUUUAUGGCUCAAGGCUUCUUCGGAGUCUUUCUCAAGAAUGCGGUACAUCGUCCUCUUAUUAUCCUACCUUAUAUUUUCUUAGAAAUACACACUGUAUUUUACCAGCAUUAAAAUACUGCUCAUGAAGUGAUCCAGAUUGCUCUGUAUAAGUGACCUGUCCUCGUUCUUUACUACUCCAGCAGACUGCAUGUCCUUUGCAAAUUUAUUGCAAGUGAUUUUUACAGUUUCUUCCAGAUCAUUGAUUUUUAAAAUUGAAUGCAAGGCAAGGUUUGUAGAGAGAGGUGGUAAGUUUUUAUUACAUCAGUGACAUGGGUAGGAGGUUGGGGAAAAGGAAACAGACAGGCCACUGAGUUGCUUUUAUCCCAGAGCCUUUAGAAAAUUGAGUAAGAUGGAAAACAGCUAUACUUGUUGCUGAAUUCCUAUUAAUACUGUAUUUUGAAAUUAGUUUUCUGUCUUCAGGAAGACAUUCUAUAUUUAUUUGAUCUAGUACUGAUAUUUUUAGGGAAAUUACAUGUUCACUGGUUUUCAGUAGGUGACUUAGGGUUCUUGUGGGUAACACCUCAGUGCAGGUGUCUUUGCAAGCCAAGCUUACUAUAUCAGAGAGUGAAAUGCAACCUGUUGUUCAAGACCAGUUCUCCAUGAAGAUAUGUUUAUUUAUAUUUUAUAUCUAUCCUUAAAUUAGACUCAUGUGGGCCAGUUCAUGAUAUUGCUGUGAUCACCACUAAACAAACUAGGCUAUUAAUUACCCUAAUCAUCCUGCUUCAGAACUAUAAAAUCCCUAUUAUGAAGCAACAGUUGACUUCAGGUUUUAGUAUUUAUUGUUGCUGACUUAGUCUUCCUUUUUUUUCCCCUAUUCUGUAUUGCCAUUAUUGCCUUUGCAUUUUCUGUUAAGCAAGAUGGUUUAACUAAUAAAACCUGCAGGCUACCAGCCAACACUGGUCUUAGCUGUACAGUAAAGUCAGUUUUAGGAAAUACAUUUGUACUCAGCUUUUGUCUAUGCAAGAGAACAUAGAUAUUAGUAAUAAAAGCAGAGCACAAUUUUAGGAAUAUAAUUAGAAGUUACAUCUGUGAGGAAAAUUGAUGGGUUUGUCUUUUCCAUAUAGUUUCAAAUUGUAGUACUUUAUUACUGGUACUGGUCCCUUUUCAUUGCAUAGACUUCUUCAGAAAUUAGAACUAUCAAUUGGGUUCUUUCACAAGUUUUCCUGACCAUAGUGAGGAUGAAUAUUCAAAACAGGAAUUAAGACCAGUAAAACACCGUAAUGUUUUAGAUUUGGCACUGGUUCAGGUCCCAGGCUGUGAGGUUUGAAGGGUGAUGGUCAUUGAAUCCCAUCUAUUGGCAGCACAUGGAGCUAGAGAACUCUUGACUUUUGUCCUUCCAAGGGGAGGUGAGGGGAGUCAAGAGGCAGAAGGUGCCUGUUCCAUAGGGGAAAUGCUACUUCUGGGCAGUGAAAGAGAAUGUAACCAUUACACCAUCUUAUCACCUGCACUCAAUCGUGAGGGUGCUAUGACUGCAUGACUCAAAAUAUCAGGGAUCAAAACCCAAAAGUCACUUGAUAACCCAUGUAAAUGAUGAUGAAAUAGGAAAUACUUCACAAAGGCGCAGGAGACAUUAGCCAGCCUCCUGCUGGGAUGAGGCUUGGAGGACAGCAGGAGGCCUGUGGCUUCUCCCAGCCCUUGCAUCCUAUUCCCCACAUUUGUGCAGGCAAGCUGGAGUGCUGCUGCCUGACAAGGAAUUCCAUAGACAAAUGGUAUUUGUUCAGAGACCCUGAGCCCGGAACAAAUGGCUCAAGAGUCUCAGUGUACCACAGGGAAAACACUGGUGGCAUCUGCUGAACUACACGUGAAGAGGUACUUCUCUGAGGAACAUGUCAGGCCUGCUCUGAAAACUGUACCUGCUGGAACGAGUUAAUGCUGCUUAAAAGCAAAAUUAAGUACUUGAAUUACUGUCUUGAAGUCGGGCAGAGAUAGGAGUCAGCCUGAACUGCUUUUUUAGGAAAUACAACUUGAAAGUAAUUGCUAGUCCAAACUUGAAUAUAAAUUUCAUGGAACAUGAACAACUUUUGAAAUAUUGACUGAACAAAGCCUUAAUGUGGUAACUUCUUAUAUUUAGCUAAUGUUUUCAGCUGUUUACUUGGUCUUGGAAUGGUAGACGGUACCUUUUUUGAUUUUAAAGUCAUUAGCUUCAAAUGUUUACAUUUUUACUAGUAUCAUGAUUUUUUUUUCCUAUGAUAAUAAAACUAACAUUUUAUAGAGGUUUGUACAUAUUUGGAAAUGCUGUCCUAGUAUUCACAGGUGAUACGUAAUUAAUGCAGAUUGCCUUAAUAGAAAAAUGCAGAUUUGGACACUAAUGUAUUGUGAAAUGUUAGAACAGAAAUCUUCCUUUCUAUUUUUUGCUGCUAGCAUAUUGUCGUUCUUUUAAAAUAUGCAAGUGAAAUUAAAAACGUUUCUAGAAUGAAA